CUUGUUCACAAGAAGCCCUUAAAGCUUCACACCGUCUCUCUUCUUCACUUUCUCGUGCUUUCACAGCCUCCAAUGGACGAAGACGAUGAGUUCGGAGAUCUCUACUCCGACGUCUUCCAACCUCCUCAGCCUCCUCUCCGUUCAAUCGACCUCAACCUCCAAUCCCAAGAUCAAGACGAUUCCGAACCUAAUCCACCUCCCCUCCCUAGGGUUUCCCCCACCCCCGCCUCCAAAUCUCCACCCUCCCUCCCUCAGACCUCGAAUCUCAACGCUGACAGCGACGAUAAGGACAUGAACUUCGACAUCGAAGAGCCAGACGCACCUGCGAUUCCUGGUUUAGCCAUAGAUCGAGUCGUUACGACAACAAUUGGCGACGAAGGACAAGAUGAUUGGGAUAGCGACAGUGAAGACGAUCUACAAAUUGUGUUGAACGACAACAACGUUAUGAUGGGAGGAGGUGAAAGAAGAUCAAGGAUGGGAGACAAUGAUGACGAUGAUGAUGAAGAUGCACUUGUUAUUGUAACAGACACGGAUCAGAAUCAAAACCAAACUAUGGAGGAUCAGCAGCUUUGGGGAGAAGAUGGUAGUAGUCUUCAAGGGGUGGAAGGAGAUGGUAAAGAGGGAGGAGGAGAUGGGAAGGUGAGUGGGCCAGGAGGUGUUGUUGGGCCGAUUAAAGCUGGUGUGUAUAGCAGUCAUGGUUAUCAUCCCUUUCAUUCUCAGUUUAAGUAUGUAAGACCGGGGGCAGCUCCCAUGCUUGGAGGUGCUGCAUCUACUCCUGGGACCUCUUCAGGUCAAGUUCGUCCACCUGGUCCUGUGGCUGGUCGUGGCAGAGGAGAUUGGCGUCCAAUGGGUAUGAGGAAUACUUCUGUUCCACAGAAAGGCUUCCACCAGGCUUGGGGUAGUAAUACAGCUGGGCGGGGACUCGACUUCACUCUUCCUUCUCACAAGACGAUAUUUGAGGUCGACAUAGAGACUUUUGAGGAAAAGCCCUGGAGAUAUCAAGGAGUUGAUAUCACAGACUACUUCAACUUUGGAAUGAAUGAGGAGAGCUGGAAAGACUAUUGCAAACAGCUGGAUCAACGCCGUAUAGAGACUACGAUGCAAAGCAGGAUACGUGUUUAUGAAAGUGGUCGAACAGAUCAGGGUUAUGAUCCAGAUCUGCCCCCAGAGUUAGCUGCUGCAACAGGAGCGCAGGGUGUUCCUGUUGAUUCUAUAAAUUUAGUGAAAUCAGAUACUGCUCAAGUUGAUUCAGCUAAAGUACCAGCUCAUGUUCGACCUUCACUUCCCCCUGGAAGACCAAUACCUGUGGAGACAGGUUCUGGCGAGCGUCCGUCAUCCAUUGAUACUCGUGCUCCUCGAAUGCGUGAUUUAGAUGCUAUCAUUGAGAUUGUAUGUCAGGAUUCACACGAGGAUGCGCCUUCGGGUGAAAAUGGCACAGAUGAGGCUGUUAGUAGCCUUCCUGGAGAAAAUGUUCCAGUUGAGACUGGAUACGUGAACAGCAGAAGACCAGACAGGGAAUCUGCUGAACGAAGUCCAACCCCGGAUGAACCUCGUAAAAGGCUUCUCGAAAAGCAAGACGAUGAGAUCUCUAGAAGCACUGGUAGUGGCCAUAGUUUUCGAUCGUCGUCUCCUGUUGGAGACAGAGGCACAAUAUCAUCAAGUGUUGAUCGUGAAGAGAUGGGAGGUGUAGCUGGCAUAGAUGCUGAGAUGGAGGAGGAGCGUAAAACGAGUUCUGCAGCUCAAGAAGAUGAUGGAGGGGCUUCAAAGGCAGAGAGAAGUAGUGGAAACAGCAAAGCAAGAUCUGGAAGUCACAGAGAUCAUCAGCAAUUGAAAGAUAUUGCAGAAGAAGAAGUUAUUCAAAAUAAGCAUUCUACUCGACCAGCUAGCAAUAAGAAACAUCACGAUAACAGUGAACAGCAUCAGAGCAGAAAGAAUCAAGACCGAGGGAAAGAAAUGGAAAGAACUCGAGCGACUAGCAAAGGUGGUAAGGAGUACUCAAAUCCUCAUACGGAGGUUGAUUAUGAUAGAAGGAAAGAGCGAGGUGUUGAUGGGGGGUUCUGGCGCAGGAAAGAGGAUGACCUAUUCAGUAGAAGAGGUGUAGAUGAAGAAUUUAGAAAAAGGGAUCGUGAAGAGGAUCUGGGCUCUAAGCAAAGGGGUAAAAUGAGAGAGAGUGACUUACGCAACAUAGAUGAUCAUGUUCUAUCGAGAAAGCAUUUGGAUGAUGGUGGCUUAAGAAAUAGUUAUGAACUGGAUGAUCAGAUCGGCAAGAGGAGGAAGGAUGAAGAAUACUUGAGAAGACACCGCUCUGAAAAGAAUGAAAUCUCAUAUUGUCAAAGAGAAUCAAUCAGCCGCCUGAAACGAGAACGGAGUGAAAGGUUGGACCAUCAAAAGAGAGAUGUCCAACAUAAAAGCAGAGAUGAUUUUGACGACCACAGUUCUCUCAGGCACAGAGAUGAUUUUGACGACCACAGUUCUCUCAGGCACAGAGAUGAUUUCUAUAUGCAGAGAGAUGGAAAUGACAGGUUGAGAGAGCGCGAGGAUAUGGAAAAAUUGAAAUUAACUCAGGAGGAUGGCUUAUCAGCGCGAGGAAGAGAGAGGCAGGUACCUACACGGGGUCAUAGAGGCUCAGAAGACCGAUCAUCGAGGAUGAAGGAUGAUUACAAAGCUUCUGACAAAGAGCAUCUCACAAAAGAUACAACAAGGCAUAGUAAACAGAGCAAGAGAAGGGAAUACACUGGUGAAGAAAUUUCUUCCCAUCAUAGAGGACACGAAGACGUCUCUGCACGCACAGACGAGACUGUUAACAAUGAGAUAUUACCAAGGCAGGAGAGGACAGGUGCUAAAAGUGACAAUGUUACUAAUUCUUUGGACGGCCAGCGAUUGCAUGAUAGAAAACAUAAAGAUUCUAAACGAAAGAUUAAAGAACAACGAGAGGGCGCAGAUUCAGUGAGGAGUAAGCAAGGAGAAGAAAAUGGCAGUUCCGAAGUGAUGGGUUCAAAAGGUAACAACGCAGCAAGGAAUCACAGGAGUGAGAUCCCACAGCAGCCUAACGCCACCAAAAGACACAAGGAGGAUGCUGCAUCUGGUGAUGAGCUACAAGAUACAAAGAGAGGACGUACUAAAAUGGAGCGUUGGGCAAGCCACAAAGAGAGAGAUGAUGCUGUCACUGUCAAGGCAUCAGCCACUUCUUCAAAACUUCAAGAGAAAGAAAAAGGCACUAAUGGCCGAGUUAGCGAACCUGUCCAUGGCUCUAUUGACAAGAAUCGGGUAGUAACUGAAGAGAAAAGUGGCCAUGACCUUGCAGAGACCAAAGAUAAAAGCGAGAAGGGGCCAGGAGAUCGGCACUUGGACACGGUUGAGAAACUCAAGAAACGUAGUGAACGAUUCAAACUUCCAAUGCCCACGGAGAAAGAUACCACAGGAGUAAAGAAAAUGGAGUCUGAGACGCUGCCCUCUGCAAAAAUUGAAGGCCAUUUGGAUUCAGAGGUGAAAGCAGAGCGGCCGGCAAGGAAAAGGAGGUGGACAAGUAGCUGAGAGUCAUAAAAAGCAAGGAACUGGCUCUCUUUGCUCCAUGUAGCUUCUUAUACUUAAAACGGAUGCAUGAGAUUCUCGCAUCCCACGGAUCAAUUGAGGCGUAACGAUGGAGGAUUAAAUGCCUUGAAGUAUAAUUAGGAGAGUAGGAAGAGUGUGUGUGAGGAGCUAUCUUGUGUAAGAAUAGGGAGGGAAUACGCAUAAGGAUUACUUUGAGAGAAUACUCAUAUAGUAUUUGAUGUAACUUUUGUCAAAGAUUAUUGUUUUUUUUAGUUUUGUUCUCACACUAAGCGCCUCAAAAAGAGAGCGAGGAUAUUUUAAAGAUACUCAAGGCAUUGUAUUUUACUGUAGUAAAUUGGUAUUGUUUUGUAAACGACCUUUUGAAGACUUAGUCAUUUGUGUUUGCCUUCUUGCAGGUUUACUAUGAGAGCAUGAGGAGACAUCAACAACUAUAAAAGUAGAGACUGCUUGGUGGAGAAAGUGGCAAAGAGGAGUCCCGUAGCCAGUAUUGCCAGCAAGGAAAGGCCGAGAUUAGCAGUGGUGGCAAUAGAGCCAGAACGACCAGAGGCAUCGGGCGUAGCACCAGUUGCAUUGUUGGCGACCAUGUUUGCCACGGGAGGCAGAGGAGGAUCAAUCACGUCUUUGGCGUCAAGAGGUGGGCUUGGGGCACUAGCUGGUGGCUGUGCUUCCUUGGCUGCCACGGAGAGUAGAGAGCCAGGCUCUGCAGGUAAGAUGGCAUAGGGCUGCUCUUUGUUCAAAUCUGAGCAUGGACUCCCUGCAUUUUGCAUUAAAUGUCAAGCAUCCAUCAGUUAUAUCGUUGUUUGUUAUAAUGAAAUGAUCAACAUUAUCUUUGUUAUGUGUAUAUGGUUCUUUCAUGAUCUUCUAGAGGUUUAGAACUUACUUAAGUAUCUAGUGGCAGUGGCAGGGAACUCCGUGACGACUCCAUCAACACCAUUGCCUGCAAUGAAUGUGGCAAACUCUAUCGUAGGAUCAGAGAAGUAGUCAAAAGCGACGGAGACAUACUCGUUCCUUAGCACCGAGACAUAAACAGAGAUAUUCCCCUUGUGCAUUUCCUCCACUACGUUGGUCUUCCCUGCGGCAAAGCUUUCGGUGAUGGGGACGAGAGAACUUCUCUGGAGAUUGACAGCAUCUGCAUGCUUCUUAAUUUCGUCAACGGAUGGCUUUGGAGCAUCUCCGAUUUCCUUGUCGAUGGUCAAGACUCUAGUGUAGGGAGGGACAGCCUCAAAACCGGCCAGAACUGAACUGUCAUAUGACUGAAUCAGUACCUUUUGGGUUGAUUGCUUGUCGAGUGUGGAUUUGGUCAGAGCGGACUUGACUGCUUCUACGAUUCCUAACCCUUUCUUUGAGGCUAAAUAAGCAGCAUUCUGUCAACAAACAAGGCGUUAGUGGCGAUGCUUGGAGUUAGUUAAAGGAGCAUUUAAGAGUUGUAAUAAAAAAAGGCUUGCCUGAAUGUUGACAAGAACUCCGGUGACUGCCUUUUCUUUGCUGAACUUAAGGAAGUCAUCAAGAGUUAUGAACUUCCCGGCAUUCUUGUUUGCUGGGUUUCUCGGCAAUCCCGCCUUAGUUAAGAAGGGGCUCUGGAUUUGAGCUGUAGGCACAGACAUCCCAGAUUCAUUAAUUUAGUUCAGAAUGAGAUAGUUUCAGAAAAGAAACCAGUUUCUUACGCUUCAGAGACUGGAUCUCAGCCCAAGUGAGAUCAAAAGAGAAAAUGCCGUUGGUAGGCUGGAUUUCAGGAACGCUGGUGGCUCGGGUCAUGAACGUGGUCAUGGCGGUGGUACUUGCUGUGAGGUCUGCAGAAUCAUGGCAGAAAGCUAUUCCAUCUUUGGACAUCUGAACAGAACAGUCGAUCACAUCUGCUCCAUCCUCCACGGCUUUUUGAUAAGCCAGGUCUGUGCAGCCUGGAUAAUCUCCACUUGCUCCAUUGUGAGUUAUGACCAACGCAUGGCCUGCUCUGGGUAAAUUUCCCUUUUGGUGAGAAAAGCAAGCUGCAAGAAUACAAGACACGUAGGGGCGUAAGCUUCUCCUAGUAAUCAAGUUUUUGAGUAGACAUUUGUAUGAAAAAAGCAAGUCAUCUCACUGAUGGCUUGUGAUGCUGUUGGCGGGAAGUCGGUGAUGAAGCCAUCAACAGAGAACUGGCCAUUGUCCACAAACUGGAGAUACUCAGCAGAGGGAUCAUAGCUGUAGUUAUAGCUGGCGGGCAUAUCAUUGGCAAACCCAGAAGCAUAGACCUCUAGACCGGCUUUGUGGGCAUCAGCCACAAUGGUGGAGGCGGGCUUAAGGUACUUUGCUGAGUCAAUGGGCCAAAUGUAGUCUUUGGGGACAACAACGCCUGAAGCAAAUGCCUUGAUAGCUGCAAGGUUCAGCAGAAGCUCGCUGUACUUCUUGCUGGUGGUGGGUUCAAUUGCUUCAGGGUCUUUGAACUCGAAUAUGAGUUUUGUCUUGGACAUGACUGCAUCUCUCCCGAUGCUCUUCAAGAAACCGAUCUCCGGAGAUGAGAUGUAAGUAAAGCCACGGAAUCGAAGGCUUCUCAGGUACUCGGCUGCGCUCAGCUUGUGUUCCAUGUAGAACGAAUCAUACUGCACAUUUUGUAUGUGAAUUAACAAGAACCCUCCAGAGGUUUGUUAUGUAUAUUGUUUCAAAGAGAGUAAGAAGAGAAACCUGAACGCUCAACCAGAACUUGGGAGGCUUGGUUCCUAGUACGUCCUCCACGGCGGAAAUAGGCAUCUGGCCGUCGAAGAUACUGGGCCGAGAGAAGAUGUUCUGAACCACUGUCCAGCAAGACACAAAACAUGAAAAGGCGGUGGUGGUGGGAAGCAUGAAAGGGGAGGAAAGAGAGGAGAAGACAUACAAGAGACAUUGGUGAAGAUGGUGUCAGCUGUGUAGUCAAGGGCAAACCAUCCUUUAAGGUCCUGACCAUUGACCUUGUAGGUCUUCUGGGCUUUGGGGAAGAGAGUGGAGAUGGUGGUAGCAUUGUCAAGCCUGAUAUCAGACAAGCAAAUGCCAACACCGUCCUUUGUCAUCUGAAGGUUGCACAACAUUGUGAGGCCAGGCGAGCUGGUGCUAAUAGCCAAGUCAUUUGCAGGGGCGCUUGACUCCGGGAAAAGACCCGAGAAACCGCCUUUGGCCACAACUGCAGGCUCUUGACCUGAAAGACAAACAAAGAAAAGACAGGAACAGCCGCUGCAGCAGAAGGAGCCUUGGGAGCCGCAACACAAGAGUGUAGGAAAAGGGAUACAAGAAUUACAAACCUCAGCAUCUUUAUUUAAAUAGAUUGAUCCUGCAUGUUGUAUGUACGUACACCAAUAUCAUGAAAAGCAAAGUUAGAUUAAAUAUACAUUAAAGAAUUCAUGUCAUACAUUAUAGAAAGAAAGGUAAAAGGAGAUCUCUUACAGUGAAAAAUGUGAACAUUAAAUCAAAUCUCU